UCCAGCGGUUUUCGACAGCGCUAGGGUCAGCUGACAGUUUUGCAAACAACUUCAUGGUAGUUGCUGCCAACCACAGAGCACCAUCACAGCAGUAAACAGCCCUACUUCAAUUUUCUCUGUUGAUUAACCGCAUCAAAGAUCAUAAGUAAUUCUAUAGACUAUGGAUCUGCUUCAAACAGUUCGUAAAACCGGCUCGCGCGGCGGCGUCAACUUCAGUUGGGACGAGGUCGCCAGUUCAUCCCGACGCGAAAACUAUCUCGGACACAGUCUGAAGGCGCCUGUGGGCAGAUGGCAACAAGGAAGGGAUCUUAACUGGUAUGCGAAUUCGGGUGCCACGGCUGCGAACGCCGAUGAGACAGAUGAAGAGCGUAUUGCACGCGAACGCAAGGAAGAGAUGCGCAAGAUCAAAGAAGCUGAAGAAGACGCCAUGGCGGUUGCGCUUGGUCUCCCAGUAAAGCAACGGAAUACUACAGGCGCAAACGAUAUCGAGAUUCAAAAUAAGCGGCCUAUUGGACCUACUGCAAACCCAGACGACGCACCAGAAUCAAAAGACAAAUCGUCGAACCGAGACCGAGAUCGAUCACAUCACCACGGCGAAUCUAGCAGAAGACAUCACAGAAGGCAUAGGAGCAGAAGCAGAGGUAGAGACAGUGGUCGUGAACAUCGAUCCAGACGUCGCAGUCGCUCACGAGACGGAGAGCGCAGCAGAGAUCUUCGUCCUCACCAUGAAAGAUCACGCCGAAAGCGAAGUCGAAGUCCUGGGAGAAGAGAUAGGCAUCGACGAGAUGGUAGCAGAGAGCGUAGAAGGUCACGUUCAAGAGAGGGCAGAAACCGGGAACGCAGCCCAAGACAAAGAGGAACGAAAGAAUAAAUGUUCACUGUUGGAGUUGCGCUUGGAACAUUCACAUUACGAUACCCCAUAAAUACAACGACUACAAAGAUCUUUGUGUGUAUAACACCCUUUAAAUGUAUACCAUGUCUAUAGCUGGUAAAAGGAUAAAAGAUUAUAUCAAACUU